GUGAGUGGGUGAAGUGAGAUAGAGCUUAAUACGAGUGAGUGAGAGUUGGCGAGGGGGAGAACGGAGAGGAACGAAAAAACGACGGGCAGCGUGCAGCGGCUGUGAUCACGAACCUGGCAGUUCUCGUCGAUCGACCUCGGCACACCUAUCGCAGAACUUGUGCUGGAGUGACUCCGGUUUUAAUGAUACAAGGAGUCAAGUGGAAAAAGAGAAAAAGGAUCAGGGAAUAUGAGUGAUUCGUAGCAAUUUGAGAUAUUUUACUUUUAUUAUCCUGGGGGUAAUAAAUGAACAGUGGAAUUUUCGGCAACGGGGAAAGGGUGAAUUGUUAAUCAAUGGAAGGGAGAGGAGUAGAACGAGAUUGACGGGGAAAUAGUCGACUGAGGGCACCCGGUUGGAAUUGUUGGAGUUCGAAGGAAGAAAGAAAAAAAAAGGGAAGGAUUGAGUGUAACAGUGGUGAAGUUGAGUCCAAGGUAGUCGAGUGUUAAGACAGAGGGGAGGUAACUGGUGUUGCCGGGCCACCGGUGCUUGAUUAAUGCAGGUUUAGACAGCAUUAUUCGCCGGCUUCUCCGAUAAUUCAAUGAUUUUCGAAGACAAACGAGACGGGAUAGUUGAGUAAUUAAUCUGGUAUUAAUUGAUGAAUUGUAAUAUGUUACAAUUGAUUUGCCCGGGCCAGAGUUCGAUAUUUCGAUGAAAUUCAUUGAAAAGUGUCAAGUGGAAAUGAAGAAAAACGUGCAGGUUCGUGUGUCAGGUGCACGAGAGCCGUCCAUUGAGCGUUAAGUGGCAGUAGCCGGUGUUAAUUCAGGGAAAAAUAUACCAGAGAAAUUUUAGGCGAGUUAUGAGUAACUGGAGGAUUAAACAAAUUUGUGCAUUUCUUUUUGGAUUAACAUCCUGAGGUUUUGAGUGCAUCGUUGGGAGGCAUUUGUUGGGGAUCAUUGGAGGAUAAUUAAUGAGAUGAUUUGUACUGAGCUGUGAUGAACGUUUGGACGAUUGUUUGCUGAUCAGUUGUAUUCAGAUGCCAGUGGAGGAUUUUUUUCGAUUUAAAUUGCUCGAGGUAGAGCGGUGUCUGGGCUCUGCUGUCUUACCGACCGGCCGGUGUGCAUCACGAUCGACCGAUAAUUCCACUCGGUACUCUUCCACCCGUACAUACAUGGGGUAGCAACCAGCUCCCAGCACUUUUCACACUCCUCAAAAUUUCCCCCGCCCCGUCACCCAUCGGAAAAGUGAAAAUAUCUCUAGAAACCUUUUUUCCCCAUUUUUAUCUUCUAUCGAGUUACAAAAAAAAAAAUUGUCUCAAAAUUUAUUUAACAGAGUAUAUCAGCUGGAGGCUAUCGCAAUCACACGGGGGCAAUUUUUUUUAAUGAAUCAGCCAGCAAUAAGUGAUAACAGGAAAUAAUUGCGAUGGAGCAACUGUAAUUCAAGUGAUAGUGUGAAAGAGCAAAGUCAGAUGAAUUGUUGACACUCGAGAUGUUCUAAACCUUUGACUAUAUAAUUUCACAUGUUUCUUACUCACACUUUACGAAUCAAUGUAUUCAUCGUAUCAAAACGAUUAAACAUCACGAGGAAUUACGAAACUGAGAGUAGCUCGUGUAUCGUGUGUCGAAAGAUAGUGGAGAAGAAGAAAAGGCUUUUUUUGUUCGUUAAAAAUUAUAAUAAAAAAGUGGGAGGAGGUUUUUCGUGAGGUCCAAGCAAUGACCUUCAGAAAUACGAGGCCACUGGAAUCCUCGGGUUUCCGUGUCGAGCACGCGACCAAGACGGCGCCAAACUCGACAUUUUUUCGUUAAUUUGAGCCUUGGAAACGCAUGAGAGAGAUAAACCCGUUGGAAAAAAAAAUCCACAAAACUGAUACUUUCCCCCAGAAAUCAUAUUCAGGAAGAGAAAAUUCUCCACGGAGUUGAGGAAUACGAGAUUUCCGAAAAAUAGGAGUGGAUGAAGUGCGUUUUUCUGACUAGAGCUCAAACAAAAUUGAAAAAAAGUUGCAGAAAAAGAUUGAGAGGGGAAAAAAAAGGAAGAAAGGAAAGGAGAGGAACAAAAAAAUCACACAGCCCCUUUAACGUGCCUUGGAAACGAAGAGAUUCCUCCCGCGUAUCACCUCGAUCGAGACCGUUCCUUGGAUAGCCUCUAUGGAACACUACGCCAGAGGAAUUGUACAUACCCGCCUUUUCAAAACCGGUUUCGUUCGGCUUCGUGAAACUCGCGUUUACAUUGGUUGCGUUGUGGGAAGCAUGAGCCAGUAAGAAACAAAAAUAAUAAAACUGAGGGGAAGUGAAAAAGGGGGGGGGGGAAAAAACUGGCGAUUUUUCUCCUUUUCCAAAACCUGGUAAAUGAUAAAAAGAAUAAAUUUACGCAAGAGCAUACGCUUGGUCGAUAACAACCAAUCACAAACUGUUGAAGGGAGUGAGUGUGGAAUGGCCACAUCCAAAUCAACCCAAUUUGCAGAAUCACGAGAAAAGCCAAUUCAAAAAUGGAAUUAAUUUAUUCAAACAAUCACCACAAGUUGCUCGCCAUUGGCCAGUGCAUUGUAGACAGUUGCAAAACUUAAUAAAAUCCACGAAACCCCUUAGAUUAUCAUCAAUUUAAAUACACAUUGAAUUACUGAAUGAUAGCAGUGGUUGACUGUGGUAGUGAUGAAGCAGUCGGCAAGUACGCCACCAGCUGCCCAAGUGCAGUCAAUCGUAUUCACAUCGAGAAUACGACAGACAGAUCAUCGUCAUCAGGUCUGUGAUGGUGAUUACGAUGAAGAUAGUAAAACAAUAAAAAUAACCGUGAAUGACAAACAGCCUAGCAAGUAUUCACCUAAGAAGGAGGAUGAUGGUAAGACUAAAUCACCGGCUAUGUCACGUAUGUUAGCUGUUGAUGCUGACAAUUACAUGCUGAGAAAGGGUGCAAAUAGUACAAGCAGUACUGGUGUUACAACAUCUCCCAACAGUGUACAGAUGACAACAUUACCAGUUACAAGUGGUGGACAAUGUAAUGUAACAAAUGUUGUACUUGGUACAUCGCUGACAGAGCGCAAUCAAUCGAGAUUUGGUAUUAACAAUAAUUCAAAUUGGCAGCAUGUCAAUCACAAUGUUAGCUACUCUUCGGGGCCUGGUGUAUUGGAGAAUUGUGCUAAUGGAGAUGGUGUUAUCAGUGAGCAUUGUGAUACAUUGAACACGUGUGAUGGACCAUGCGCCUCGUCGCCCAGCAACGAGAUUGACCAAUCAUUUGUAUCACACCAGGAGGCGCAUGCCAGUGAUGGAAGUGAGCGCAACGCGAGGUUGAGAAACCCGGCUGAUUCAAGCCAACGACGUCUAGGGAAUCAACAAAUUUUAGGAAAUAAUUCGACAACACUCGCCCACAGUGAUAAACAUCAUGAUAAAUUAUUUGAUAAUGCAUUGCUCAAUAGCAUUGCACUUGCCAGUCAUAAUUUGAUGCAAUCAAAAGUACCAUGGAGGUAUGAUAAUCGUGAAUCGCGUAAAAAUUCCGAGUGUUCAAUUUCGGAUGAGGAUAUUGGAAGUAUUGACAGCUGUUGUGUUGAUAGUAAUAAGCAGGAUGUCUUUUGCGCUCGUCCACUCUCAUUUCAUCGGCACAUGUGCUGGUGCAGUGAGGGCUUUUUUACGAAUGAUGGGGGUGAUAAGGGAGAUAGAAUUGACGGUGGUAUAGUUGAGAAUGGCCGGGUGAUUAAGAAGGGUAACAGAAGUGAUGAGUCACCUCGGGCCAAUGGCAAUUGUAAGAGUCAAAAUGGUGUUAGACGUUUACUUGAGAAUGGUAGUACGGGUAAUGGUAAAAUAACGAUACCUUAUCAGAGGCGAAGUGAGCCAUAUUCAAGUUUAUGUUGCUGUAUGUGCGGUUCUAUGUGUCCUGUAGAGUGUCACGCCUGUUUUCACGUUGUCUGCAAGGAGUUCAGUGGACAACACCUGUGCCAAUGGGCCGACAAGGGACACGCACUUCCGGGACAGGUCUUUGACAAGGACAAGCCUGUGAGCGAGUGGACAUCUCUGAAUGUGGUCGAGUGGAUGUCAGCCCUUAAUCUGUAUCGAUAUGCCGAUGUAUUUAAAUCCAAGGAUAUCAAAGGGGCCGAUCUGCAGCACCUGGAUCGGGAGAAGCUGAUGAAUAUGGGAAUAAAGGAUGAGUUUCAUCAGAAGAAUAUCCUGGUGUGCAUCGAGGAGCUGUGCCAGUCGUCAACAUCACCAGCGUCUGAGGCAUCAAAAUCAUCAGCAUCACUAUCGAGCAUUGAUACUAACAAAACCACUGAUACUGCUGCGAUACUCGGUAGUAGUAGUAAUCAGCACAAUUUAGUGUCACACAGUUUCAGUGUUUUGGAGAGAUGUGACAAGUGCCACAAAUAUCUUCGGGGUCUCUUGCAUCAAGGAUUCUUAUGCCACGAUUGCGGUUUGGUCGCCCACAGAACGUGCUCGGCAACGGGUUUACCCGCGGUCUGCGUACCAUCCGACCCAGAGAGCCGAAACAAUCGAUUGAGUUCAGUUUUUGGCCUCGCCUUGUGUUCACAAUUCGAUGCAGCGUCACGUAAAGCACCGGCCCUCGUCGAGAGAUGCACUUUGGCUCUCGAGGAGCGUGCAAUGAUUGACGGAACACUCGAUCUCUACAAAGUAUAUCACAACAGUUCACCCAACGACCAGAUUAUUGCAUUACGACAAGCGCUCAAUCAAGAUGUCUACAACACGGAUUUGAGCUCGUACAACCCCUAUUGUAUUGCGAGCGUAUUGAAAAAGUUUUUACGAGAAUUGCCGGAUCCUAUUAUUCCUGUACAAUGGUACGACAGAUUCUUAGAUGCUGCAGGUUCGAGAAGCGAUGAACAAUGUGCCAAGAAACUAAAUCAAUUGGCGGCAGAGCUCCCGGAACACCAUAAGAGUACAUUGUACUAUCUAAUGUCCCACUUCUGUCGCGUUUGUCAAAUACAACACACCCGGGGUUUUACGGAACCACCAACAAUCCUCGUUCAAGUGCUUUGUCACAUAAUCCUCAGACCCCCUUGGGAGCGUAUCAUUCAAGUUGUAUACAACACCGAGGUCCACAUACGUAUAAUGGAACUGUUGUUAUUACACGGUGAUUGGGGUGAGAGAUUGCCAGAAUUUGCCAGUGCGCCUCAAUUGCCUCCACGCAAGGUAUCACGUCCUCAAUAUCCCAUUGAGACAUUCUCUAUGCGGGAUGAGGAUGCAAUACUCUGCGAUCGACAAAUGAGUGCAGAGAGCAAGGAACAUCAAGCACACAGGCCACGCUCUCUCUCGGAAGCAGAAUGGUACUGGGGCGACAUAACCCGUGACGAAGUUAACGAGAUGAUGGUAGAUUCUCCAGACGGUACGUUCCUGGUGCGUAAUGCGUCUUCCAAAGGAGGGGAGUACACCCUGACCCUCCGCAAAGGUGGCACUAAUAAGCUCAUCAAGAUUUGCCACCGGGGUGGAAAAUAUGGUUUUUCCGAGCCCUUUAAUUUCCACUCGGUAAUCGAGCUCGUGGACCACUACCGCAAUUGUUCCCUAGCUCAGUACAACGCAACACUGGAUAUUAAACUCCUGCAUCCAGUAUCGAGAUCUCAGCAGGACGAGGAAAUAGCCUCGACGACCAACGACAUGCCCAACGUGCUUGCAAAAUUCAUUGAAUUGGACAAAGAGAUGUACAGUCAUAUGAAACAGUAUCAAGAGUGUUCGGAGUUGUAUAACAGAACGGCCUACGAGGUGCAAUUGAAGCGUCAGGCAUUGGACGCCUUCUGCGAAGCAAUAAAAAUGUUCGAGGAUCAGAUGAAACUCCAGGACAAAUUCCAAAAGGAGGCACAGCCUCAUGAGAAGUGCACGCUGACUGAUAAUGCUGAACUAUUGAGGAGUCGUUUGAAAUCGUUGGAGGAGAGCAAGGAACAACUGGACGACAGCUUGAGACAACAGAUUGCGUACAACAGGACGCUUGAGCGUGAAAUGUACAAACUCAAGCCUGACAUGGUGCAAUUGAUGAGACAGAGGGACAGGCAUUUGGUGUGGCUGAGAAAGCAUGGCGUACAGCAAACCAAGAUCAAUCAGAUCACGUUGAAUCAUUCUUACUCUAAUCCACUCGGUGCUGAACUUGUAUUGAAUGACUUUCAGGAGUUUGAUUUGGAUGUGCAUGCCGAUGAGAGAACGUGGUCCUAUUUGGAGGGAACUAGGGACGAUGCUGAUAGGGUUCUCGCUAACAAACCCGAUGGCACGUUUUUGGUCAGAAAGUCUAGGACUGGACAGUAUGCCCUGUCGAUUAUGUGUAAUGGAACCGUUAAUCAUUGCAUAAUCUACGCAACUGAGCGCGGUUAUGGUUUCGCUGAUCCAUACAACAUCUACGAAAACCUGAAGCAGCUAGUCCUUCAUUACGCUCAGAAUUCCCUUGAGGAGCACAACGAAAGUCUAAACACAACUCUCACGUACCCAGCAUUUGCAUCACCGACAGAUCUCGCCCGUCUCCAGGCUCAGGAGCGGCUAAUUAUGACACAAACUCAAAAUCAAAUGGCAUUGGUGGCUGCUAGUAUGCGUCAGGGUGGUUGAAAUCUACAGCAUUCAAUUGUAAUGUCAAAAGAGUGCUCAUUUGGAUAAAAAAUAAUUGACAUCGAGUCACCUCAUGACUCCUAUGGAGAAGAAAAUAGGUGAAGAAAAUGAAUCCAUAGAAAUGGUAAAGUACCGCCAACCAUAUAACAAUAAUAAUCUAUAAUCCGUGAGUCUUGUCGCUUCAAGCCAGUUUCUGUCCUUCCGAUGAAAACUAAAAAAAACACCAAUUCCCAUUACCACGUAAGCUAAAAAGCCCCAUUUCUAAGGGGAAUAAUCACUGUCAAAAAUCAAUUCUCAUGAAAACCUGACAAAUAAUCCUGUAGGGAUUAUAAAUCAUACUCACAAGUGCGAAACAAUUGAUAGAAAGACGUAGCGUAAUCGAUAAAUAAAAUAUUCACUUCAUAAGAAUCAACGAAAAAAAACUUGGAAAAUUUGACUUGAGAAAUUUCGACAGAUGAUAUCUCAAUAGAAUAAGUUGUAUGGAAAAUUGAAUUCUGUUAACUUUCGCAUUAUGAAACAUGUUCUUUUGAAUGUUUCUAUUGGGAAAGCGCGCAGUACGCUUGCGCGAUUAUUCAAUAAAAUGGGUAAAAAGUAAUAACAGUUCAACAGAAAUUCAAAACAAUCUAUCACUGCAAUUCUUCAAUUAAAUUAUUUCGCUCGUGCAUCGUCAUUCCUCUGUUGACUUUAUUCUCCAUCGUAACAACGAAUAUGUUCUUUGUUCGACGUUUUAAAAAACUUAGAACAAGAAACUAAGGAAAGAAAUAAUCACAAAUUAAUGAAUUGCCAAGAAAGGAGGGUAAUUUUUACGUAAUUUAUAAGUGCUGUGCCAGUCCCUUAAGGUGCGUCAAUUUAUUUUCGAAGUAAGGAGAAGUCGGUUUAUACAUAUAUUAUUUCUCCCAUCUUUUUAAACAACUUUUUUUCUAGAAAUAACUAUCUGUGAUUUCAGAUCAAUAAGACGAAUGAUGGGUGUUUUAUUUUGAAUAAUUGUUGUUUCUUAUAUAAUUCCGUUUCUUUUCAAUUGUCCCCCAACUUCUAAAGAAGAAAGAUUUCCUAUGCGCCCAUUCGAUUUUUUAAAAAAUUUGUACUGGUCCUUGUGUUGAGCACAAGGCAAUAGUCCCUUCGUAUGAUGAAAUAUAAUUAAUCGCGAAUAAUGUCAAAAGGUUAGAGAGAAAUAGAAUAUAAAAAUCAUGGAGAAACGUGAAUAAUUUUCUUUUAUAUGAUUUUCAAAUUGAAAUAAUUCAAGAGUGUUGAUGAGGUGACGUAUGUACUAUCUUUUUUAAAUAAAUGUAAUUAAUUGCGAUAAAUGUAAAAUUAGUGUGAGAGAUGAAAUAUGAAUUUAUUAAUGAUGAUUAAAGUAUGCCGGUUUUUUUAAGUAAAUGCACGUUAAAUUGCUCUCUACUUGUCAUCAACGAGUAUUCAAGAAAAUAUUGUGUUGUGGGCGAUGAAGUGACGUUUAUUACCUUCAAGGCGUCGUUUUUAUCAUGCUAUUUACAUACUUGUAGACGUAUGAGUGUAGGAGGUAUAUUCGGCCCAUACCACCCACCCCCACCCCUUUUUUUCCACACGAUAAUGUUGACGAUAAAUCCGUUGUUAUUGUUUUUGCAAAAUCAUUAUUUAGAGAGUGUUAACGAUCAAUUACUCUCGUUUUGGAACGAUGAAUUGUGGAAAAGAGAUCUCAAAUAUUGUAAUUAACGAGGAGCAUUAUUGACUUUAUCAGCAUUUAAAAGAUUAUAUGCAAUAAACCAGCAGUGAAGUGGGGAAACGUCUCGUUAAAAUGGAUUUAACUCGAUAGUUGAUGAUUUUAGGAGAAAAUUACAAGAUAUUUAUUGUAGAUUUUUCCAAUCUUCUUGUGAAUGUCGAAUCACGUUAGUUAUGUUUUUCCACUUCACUCCCAAGAUGCUGUAUCGAUUAAAAAUUUGAAAAGCAGUACAGCUUUUCUUCAACUAUCCGAAUAAUUUGAGAAAUUUUGGGUUUACAUGGCGGUCACAAGUGUAAAUUCCAAAAGUGUAUCGAAUUAAUAUCGGUAAUUAAUGUCUAAUAUUAUUUGCAAAUGCACUCGUUCAUUGCAUUACCAAAGUUGUGAGAAAUGGAUACAAGAUUGUUCAAGAAUUGUGGGUACGUGUAAAUGAAUUUUUUAUAUGAUGAAUGAACGAGAGUAAAUGACUCGAGUUGAUGAAAGUGAAACAAUUAAAACAAUGAACAAGGAUUUAUCGAUUCAGUGGAACGACGAGGGUUGAAACAAAUGAAGAUGACGAUAGAGAUUGACGUGCUAAAUUCUAUUAUGUACUAAGAAGAACGAAAAUGAUAACUAAUGCAAAAAACUGCUUUGAAUUUUUGUAAAUUUGUGUAUAAUUCAUUAGACGUAACGCUUUUUUUUAUAAGUGUAAAACCGAGUGGAAAAUGAAGUUGAUAAGCCCUAUUUGAACAAAGUGAAAAUUGUUUAUAUUGAAUAGAAAUUUAAGAGGAGUCUAAGAAAUUGUGGGCAAUAUUUUUUUGUAUUAAAGAAAAAAUGAUGAAAGGGAUAAUAAUAAUUUGUACGAUGAAUUCAGCUCUGGAGGGCUGAUGUCAAGUGGGUCAGGGCUCGGUGACAAUGCGAGGGCACUCGAGCGCGUCUGACUUGUGUUAGAGCCUCUGAAUGCAUGCGAGUCUCUUGAAGGUGCUCCUGUGAUAAUUAAAAAAAAAGAAAAAAAAGUGAGGAAGAAAUAAUAAAAAAGAAAAACUUGACUCAAGUGAUUGAAGUAAUUUUUUAAAAUGAGACAAGAUGAGUGAGAGGUGGAGAUUGUGUGAUUUUUUAAAAAUUCGUUUAAUUAAUAUCGAUUGUAUUACGAGAAUAUUCAAUUAUCUUCAUUGUAUCCAAGUACUGGCGAUCAAAUGAUCUCAAUUUUAUCAUGUCGUUUAAAGAAGAUGAGUGACUAAGUGAAGUUGGCCUUAAUGAACGGAAUGGACAUUUUUAUAAUUUUUAUCAAUUACAUUUUUAAUAUUCAUCUUUUAGUUUUUUUUUCGAAAGAUGGGUAAUCAGUGGAACAUACGAUCAUGAUCAUGUCUAACCUCGUCGUUUCACUGUGAAUACAAGGAAAUUAUUAGGUACAUAUAUAUUCACUCAAUAAUUGUAUAGAAAAAAAAUAUGAGAGAAAAGAAAAGUGAAAAAAGUUCUAUAUAUACAUACAUAUACACAUAUAUUUGCAUAAUA